AUGCAGAUUCAUGCCGGGGGCAAUGUGGGCGCCGCACUUCAUGUCACCAACCCAUCAUCGUUGAGUAUGGCUGGACUUCAGCGGACAAUAAGCCGUGGCAUAUCAGCACUUGGGCUCGCUGCCAGACCAUUGGCAGUAUCGAACCCAGGCUCUUUGGAUGCUCUCAAAACGCUGUGCGAGACCAAAGUUGGGUCAAGUGAUUACCGCAGAGCGAAGACCGUCGAACGUAAUAUACCGAUAUACGAUCUCGCAUCGACUUCGAUAGAAGACCUUGAUGCCGUGGUCGGUCUCCAGGACGAAUGGUACCAUGCCCUCAACGCCGGGCCUGGGGUGGUGGUAUUGAAAAACUUUCUUAGUGAUCACUCUGUGAUCAAACAAGCAAAUGGCGUGUUUGAUAAUAUUAUCAAGAGAGAAGCCGCAUCGACGAAGGGAGACCACUUUGCAGCUGCUGGUUCCAACUCACGCGUCUGGAACUCCUUCCAGAAGCACGCCGAGCAAGACCCUGCAAACUUUGUCCACUACUACGCGAACCCAUGGCUUGACCGAGUCAGUGAGGCUUGGCUUGGGCCAUUUUAUCAGAUUACCGCUCAGCUGAAUGUCGUCAGGCCUGGCGGCAAACCGCAGUCAGCGCAUAGGGAUUAUCACUUGGGAUUUCAAUCGGCUGAUGCUUGUGCUCUAUUUCCACGCAGCAUGCAAAUUGCCAGCCAGUAUCUCACCCUUCAAGGUGGCAUAGCGCAUUCAGCUGUACCUCUGGAUAGCGGGCCGACAAGACUCCUGCCAUUCUCACAACUCCUGCCUGAAGGCUACCUGGCGUGGCGCCUUCCAGAGUUCACGAAUUUCUUCAAUGAAAGAUGGGUCAGUCUCCCGAUGGAGAUAGGAGACGCGGUUUUCUUCAAUCCCGCUCUUUUCCAUGCCGCAGGUCAGAACGACACAAAGACUAUCGAACGGAGUGUGAAUCUCCUUCAAAUCAGCAGCGCAUUCGGGCGCCCAAUGGAAAGCGUCAACAACCUCAAGAUCAUCCGCAAACCUUGGGAGCAGCUCAAGAAACUUGCACGAGACGAUAAAGAAGGUCACAGGACAGCAGCAUGUGUUAACGCUAUGGCGGAAGGGUAUCCGUUCCCCUCAAAUCUGGACAGACGGCCUCCAGGCCCAGAUGGAAUGGCACCUAUCAGCGAAGUGGAUAUUCUCUGGGAAGGCUUGCGGAAUAACUGGAGCACAGAUCACAUUUCGGAAAAGCUACAGCAGUUGAUUGAUGAUUCAGACUCAUGA